AUGCGGUUAAUCGCGACGUUAGCCAUUGGCGCUUCUUUGAGGUUAUUCGCAGGUGCCAGUCCCGUAAGCAGCGUGCCUUUGGGUGCACCAACAGCACAACUCCGCAAUGGCACCAUCUCUGGUGUGGGCUCUCGCCCACUCGAUCAGGAUUUCUUCCUUGGUAUCCCUUACGCGCAGCCACCGGUUGACAAUCUGCGGUUCCGAAACCCUGAAUCCUUGAAUACCUCUUGGUCCGGUGUUCAUACCGCGGCUCGUUACUCGCCAGCUUGUGUAGGUUAUGGUCCUUCACAAAUGGGUUAUAACGUAUCGGAAGAUUGUUUGUAUCUCAAUGUUAUACGACCAUCUGGGACUUGCGCUCAAGAUAAGCUUCCUGUGGUAGUAUGGAUCCACGGCGGAGGGUGGGUGCAGGGUUCUGGGGUUGACUUGAGGUACAAUAUGUCGUUCAUCGUGCAGCAGUCACAGGAAAUGGGACAGCCAGUUGUCGCCGUAACGAUCAACUACCGACUGAGUGCAUGGGGUUUCCUUCAAGGAUUCAAAUCAGACUCCAGGUUGAGAGAUAACGCAGGGAGCAACUGGGGUUUUAGAGAUCAAAGAUUAGCUUUGCACUGGAUACAAGAAAACAUCCAGGCUUUUGGAGGUGAUCCAGAUAGAGUCACUAUCUGGGGGCAGUCUGCAGGUGCUGCAUCAGUCGGCAUGCACUUGCUUGCGUACAACGGUCGCAACGACAACUUGUUCCGGGGUGCAAUCAUGGAGUCCGGGAAUCCCAUAUUAGUUGGAGCGAUGAAUCGUACUUACGAACCGCUAUUCCAAAAUCUGACCGAACACGCUGGAUGUCAGGAUGCCCCAGACCGCCUUCAGUGUCUGCGAGAUCUACCUUUCUUGGAGCUCAACGAUAUUGUGAACACGACACAAUUCUCCGGCUCGUGGACACCACAGAUCGAUGAGGACAUCGUUGCAAGAUACUCGAGCGAUCAGGUCUCUCAAGGUGCCUUCGUCAAGGUACCAAUCAUUGUAGGCGCCAACUCAGAUGAAGGGACGGGUUUUGCGCCGAAAGGCUUGAACACCUCUAAAGAGUUCCUGAAUACCUUAACCACUGGCUCCUCGGCGAUGAAUGAAACAAUUGCCCAAGAGAUAUUGAAGGCGUACCCAUUGGAGUCUCCAGACAACGAUUUAACCAAUCUCGGGCCCAUCGACUUCGUACCACCAGCGUACCCGUAUGGUCUUCAAUAUCGACGAACGACAACAUACUAUACGGACCAAACAUUCGUCGCGAACCGUCGGCUCACGUGCCGGACUUGGGCUGCCCUCAACCUCCCAUCCUACUGCUUCCGCUUCAAUGCAAUUCCUUCCUGGGCUACGCCUUACGAUGGCGCAACCCACUUCGUUGAAGUUGCAUUUGCGAUGAAAAAUCUCGACGGUGUAGGGUAUCCGCCUGUGAGGACUCCUCCUUUUCAGGGUCUUUCCCAGAGCUACAAACAACUGUCAACUCUUAUGUCUGGCGAUUGGGUAAGCUUCGUCAACCAUGGCGACCCAAAUGCCUGGGAUAGAAGAAGGGUCUUGGAGGGCUUGCAAGACGUUGUGCCUGUUUGGGGCACGUAUAGUGUGGAUAAUGAGAGAUUGUUUGUUUAUGAAGGUAAUGUGACGAACAGAAUGGAGGAUGAUGUGUGGAGGAGUGAAGGUAUCGAUCUCAUCAACAGUCUUAACAAGGUCGUCUACGAUCGAUAA